CCCCACUAUGCGCGCGUUUCUCGAUACCAUCACAAACACGAGCGCUGGCCAGGAUAAGUUCCUCAAAGUUGUCCAAAACAUCAUUCGGCUUUUACUGUCCGUAUCACUAUCUUGGAGAUACAAAUGUAGACUUCGCUGGCUCGACAAAGCGUUUUUCAUGCGGCUUCGUGCGGAGAUCGGGGUUGCCGUCAAGCUCACUCGCGUCUGUUCUGUGCCAGGACAUUUACAGCAGCUGGCGGACGCGAUCUGUUGUAAAAGCGAACCUGCUCUUCACCGGAUUCUGAGAAUUGCCAAGGCUCUUGGAUAUACCGUUUUCGCGAUUGGAGAUGUUGUCAACUACCUCUCCACCAUUGCGUUUACGAUCCCAUCGAAGUGGAAACCCAGGAUAGCUCGGGCGUCCGUGCAUGCCCUCCUCCUUGCUACCGUCUGUCAAUUCUUGCUGGCUGGCAUUUCUUCGACACGGAAUAUCAAGAUCACAUAUCGGCGCGAUAGUCAUUCCUUGAAAUUGAAUGGCAUUCCUCGCUUUAACAUAGCGAAGCGACAGGAACUACGAACUUUCCUUCCUCUUCUAAGCGCAGCCUGUGACAUGGUGUCUGCGAUCGCCGGCGCAGGCUACAAAGAGGUGAACGAUGCGACGCUGGGAAUUCUCGGAUCCCUGAGUGGCGGAUCCGGAUUGACUUUGAUUGUCACUAAAUAAGGACAUGCGGAUUACAUCGCCGUCGUCGAAGGUUGCUAUGUUAUCCAUCUACAUCACGAUUCACAUGACGUAAUGAAACCCUUGAAUGAUUGCUCCUAUUGCUUGCGAUAUGUACUGUAUUCUGUUGGUUUUCGUUCAGCCAAAUGAGACAUCUAUUAAUGAUACCAUCCCGUAUCAACGUGCUAGAA